AUGCGGUUCUACCAUUUGAUCCUUUUUCUUGGUCACACUCUCGCCGAAGUGUUUUCAGAUGAGAUCAUCCCGGAAUAUAAUAUAAAAUUGUUUGAAGAACAACGAGAACACUCUCCAGAUGCCCAAACAAUACAUAUCAGACAGUUUGGACAGGACUACGUCUGUUCUUUGCCAUCUAAAUUGACACAUGCAAAAACAAUUGAGUAUGUGAAUCAAAUGGAGGAAAGGGUUUCCUCAGAUUUAAAGUUGGCUGUGGAUAUCAUCAAGUCGCUAGGGACGAAGUACGACAAAAAGUACGACAAUUGCCUCCACCGGUUGAGCGGCUAUUGGAGCACAUGCUUCUGUCUGUUCUCGGAUGUAAGCCAGUACAGAUCAUUAGACUCGAAGCUUCUAGAAUCAGGUAUAACAAGAAUUGACUUUAAUCAACCUCAUUUCAAGCUCGCCAGCUUUGACAAUGUGGACUGGGAAGACUACUCGAAUUUCAAGCUAAAUACCAAUGGCGCUAAAACACGGUAUCUGGAGCAAACUCUUACUGGUGGGGAUAUAUGUGACAAGACAGGAAAAGAGAGAGUAGCUAAAGUGCAUUACAUGUGUGAUCCCGAGCAUAAAUUUCCAUCAAUCCUCGAAAUUCGUGAAAUCAAAACCUGCGUAUAUGAAAUAUCUGUUUCCUAUCCUGAGCUGUGCCGAGUUUAUCCAUUCAUGAACUCAAUGUUUACUGUUGAGCAGAUUACAUGCUCCCUAAUUGCAAAAGACGAAGAACACAACAAAAUUGAACAGAACGGUAGCGAUCAUUUGAAUUUGCGAGAUCUAAACCUUAUUAAUCUAGGUCAUAAUCUUUAUAUGGGAAUUCACGAAACCCUGGGACUGCCAACCGUAUUGAUAACAAGCAAAAAAAUCGAUGCAGCAAAUCUUGAGGAAAUUGAUGAUCUUCUUCAAGACUGUUUGUUUGCAAUGAUUGAUUUGGAAAAACGAAAGCAACUUCUAAGCCCUCUUGAAAACAAUAAAGAGUCAUUUGUAUCGCAGAAGGAUACUUUCAAAUAUACCGUCUCAUUAUACGGCAUAGGGGGCGUCCAUAUUUGUGAUCUAAUGAUGGAGCAGAAAUCAGACAAGCAGAUUGUUGCAGAAGUAAUCACCGGUAUUGAGCCAAAAAACUUUAUUGAGUUCAACGGUAUAGAGAUUAUUCAUGACAGUUGA